AGACCUAGUUGUCAGCUCACAGUUUUGGAUGACCCGGAAGGGGGACACAUUUAACUCUCGAGUAUGUUGUCUUGAGCAUUAUUAAUUGAUUUUUUAAUCACAUUUUUACAUACAAAGUUAUUUUUAACUGGAAAAUAAUUUUUUUUUUUAUUUAAAAAAAAAAAAUGUCAAUUUUAAACGUACAUAAAGAUUUUUAAAAAUUAGCACCAGCAUCAUGUUUCUUUUUUUGCUGAUGACAGGAUUUUCGUCUGCCUUAAUGCCAAUCCUGUGAAACUUCAUCGAAGGUUGGUUGCACUCAAUGUGACAAAUAGGUUUAAAUUUAUCAUCCAACGUUGUUGUUGAUUAUAUUUUAGUCAAAACGUGAUACUAGCCCGAUAAAAACAAGAAGAAGACAUGACUGCUGAUGAUUUUGUGUAUUUUCGCCAGAUCGAAAAUUCGCUAUCAGCAGUAAGAUUUUUUCUUUGUUACCGCGGGUCAAAACAAAAUAAAAUUUUGUUGAAUUGGUGGAAAAAAGCUAUUUUUACAUUGAUAUACUGUAACAGUGGACUUCAUCAUUAUUGAAAUUAAGUAUUCAAACAUAUUUAUAUUAAUUAUUGUUUAUUAUUACAGCAUAUCAAGUGAAGGCAUAGUUCUUUUAAAUUUCCUUUGUUUACACUGAAUACGCUUAGAAGAGGCAAUUAAUUUUAGGUCUAUAUUUUAUUCUGGAUUAAAAACAGCUCUUAAUUUAGAAUUUUUAUUUUUAAUUGAAUAAUGUAUUUAGUUUUGUUCAGUUUUUCUAAAACUAUAAGACCUAUCUAAGCCUAUAUGUAAUGCUUAUAUUUUAUUAUCAUUUCACAGUAUCAGAGUGAUGAUUAGGAUAUUGGACAACCCAAUCAUCAUGACAAUGCUAUUCAUGUCAUAAGAUCUGAGCUAACUUCUGAAACUUGUCCAAAACAAGACAAGAUAAGGAGUACAUUCACCUUUAUCACUUUUCAAAUUCACUUUAAAUCAACAAGGCUGGAGAUUCUUUGUAAAUGUACACAACAAUUGCAGCUGCAAUGUUAUGGCAACUAAGGCAACUUGAUUUUAAUACUGGACAUUCCAGCUAAUAAAAAAUAUUUCUAACAAUCCUUUGACUCACAUAACCUACAGGCCCAACUUGUGUGAUCUUUUACUGGAUAUAAAGGAGUUUAUUCACUGGAUUAUGGAAUUCAUAAAUUGUUUUAGGCCAAUAUACACACCUAUAAACUAUGUAGUAAGUUUCUAUGAGAAUAAACAUAGUAAACUGCUAAGCAGGUACAUUUAAUUUCAUCUGUACCUAGCAAAAAGUAAGUGCAUGCAAAUAUGGUCCUUGGAGCAAGCAUAGUAAAUAAUAAAGAGAAGCAAAAGAGAAUAAUACACACACAUUUCAUAAAUGUAACCCAAUACUGGUAUGAAAAACACAACUAUUGGUCCUGGCAGAUUCAUUCAGCAAUCAUACUGUCAUAUCUCCCUCUUAAUAAGACAAUCAAUAGUUAAUCAAGAAAACGCUAUGUAUGCACUAUAAUAUCAAUAGUAAAAUAUUAUCCAACAUCUUUGAAUGAAAAAUAGUUGAAAUAUUAAUUGGCAUCGAUGUAUAGUUUAAAUCUCUAUAUCAUGGAAGCUUAUUGGUGUUUCCCUUUCCUGCCAUAUCUUGUUACCACUUGUGCUGGAAUAGGAUUGAUAGGAAUUGGUUGCAACACAUUCACUACAGUCUCUUUUUACAACUUCUGAUUUGAUAGCUUGUUGUUCAUGGUGAACUAUGUACUGGUGUUAUUUUAAUAGAAAUUAAUAAUAAUAAUAAAGUUUAUUUCAAAAACACACUUCAUCCCCAAAGGUUCUAAGCGCGGUACAAAGUAAUAUAAUUUAUCACAUUUAAAAUAAACGCAACAUUACAAAAACUAAUUACAAGCAUACCAAGUCAAAGUCUUUCUACCCAUUUCAACCCUAAGCAACACAGCCAAUAUGCAUUAAAUGGAAGAUAUGGUAGCGAAUCAUCCCAGAAGGUGUUUGUGAAAUAGAUGUGUCUUUAAAUCGGUUUUAAGGGACUCCAAUGUCUGGUUGUUUCUGAGAUCGACAGGAAGGGCGUUCCAAAUUGUUGGACCUGCAAAUGCGAAAGUGCGCUUUCCGUAAGUCUCAAGGCGAACACGUGGUGUCGAGAGUUUGCCACUAUCGGAUGAGCUGAGUUGUCUAGUGGGUACAUGAGGAGUGAGCAGCUUUUUCAGAUAGGACGGCGCCAGGUCAUGUAAGCAGCGGUAGUACAACGUUGUGAUUUUGUACUUUAUGCAAGCAUGGACCGGCAGCCAAUGCAACUCUCUCAGAAGUGUUUUAGCAUGGUCGAACUUGCGUUUGCGAAGACCAAUGCGAGCCGCAUUAUUCUGUGCUAUUUGAAUUUUAUCCAGGAGCGUAGCUGGAAGACCCACCAUGAGAGCAUUGCAAUAGUCCAUGCAUGAUAGCACAAAUGCAGACAUCAGCCUCUUUGUUGCAUCAAUUGUUACGAAGGGCCUGAUGUGACUAAUCCUGCGCAGCUCUAGAAAAAUAACCUUGCAUAGCAUGUUAAUGUGACUUUCCAAAUUCUUUAUAUAAUGUGAAACUUUUUAUUAGUUUUAAUAGAAAUUCUUUUUUAAUUGUUUUUGAACCAUGUGUUGUUUUUUUUACAAAUAAAUAUUAUAUCAAUGUUAAACUAUCCAUUUGUUUAUAGUAAAAUUAUCUAUAUUCUGUUUGAAUAGAAAUUAUAAUAUUAUGUUGUGAGUCUAUCUGUUAGAAUAUAAAUUAUUAUUAUAUCCCUGUGGAACUAUUUAUAUACAAAACAUUCUUCAGUUACGUUGUUAUUUUAAUAGAAAUUCUUAUAAAAUUGUGAAACACUCCAUUUCUUAUAAUAUAAUAAUUUAUUAUGUUUUUGUGGAAAUAUGUAUUAUUUUCAUAGAAUUAACUAAUUAUUAAGGGUGUUGGACUGCGAUAAAGCUUUAACGUAGAUUAACAAGACACAAUUUGUGUAAAUAAAACAAUGUACUAUCAGCUUUAAUAAUCAUCAUACAGAUACAAAUGUAAAUGUUUCACCAAAUGCCUUCAUUGGUACAAAAAAACAAAAACAUUUUUACUACAAUAUAAUUAUUAUUUAUAUUAAAACAAACACAUAGAUCCAAGUCAAUGAAAUAAGAAUCACUAUUAAAAUAAACAUACAUUUUCACAUUAUAAAAAAUAAUGUCUUAUUAAACAGAAAUUCUUAUGUAAAAAAUUAUGUAUCGAUCUGUUGUAACAUAAAUUAUUUUAUUGUUUAACUAUUUUUUAAAUAGAAAUGCUUAUGGAACUAUUUGCAUGUAUAAAAUUUCUUCGUAUAUUGUUAUGGAUGUGGUUAUUUAAAAACAUAUUCUUAGUGUAUGGUUGCGUAAAUGUGUACAGUAAUUUAAAUGCAUAUUCUUAUUACCGGUAUAUGGUUGUGUAACUAUGCAUUUUUUAAAUAGAAAUUCUUAUAUUUGAGACUAUUUGUUUUACUACAAAUUUUGAUUAUAUUGUUGUGGAACUAUUUGUUUCCAGAGAAAUUCUUAUUAAUGUGAGAAACUAUCUAUUUUUUUUAAUAGAAAUCUUAUUAAAUUUGUGUGGAACUAUUUAUUUUUUUAACAGAUAUUCUUAAUAUUCUUGUACAGACAUACUGAUAAGCUCUAGUUGACUACAACUUGUUUUUUCAGGUUUCCAAAGCAAUCAUUGCUUGUAUAACAUGAAAAUGUUUCAAAAAUUUUUAUAAAAUGACAUGUUAAAAUAAAAAAAUUGUUUUUAAUAAUUUAAAAUGUGAAACUUUUUUUUAAAAUUAAAUAUCAAAGCAAGAAAUUAAGUGGACUGUGUCACCUUAACUCACCAUUGUGUUAUUUAAUGUUAGGGAAUGAAACAAUUUUCUCUGCUCUAUGUAAGUCUAGUAAAAAUAAAAUAACUACACCAAUUGAUCAUGAACAAAACAUAAUAUAACAGAGGCUAGUUGUAAAACAACAAGCUGUUAAUACUGCUUAAAAUGAGUCUUUAAAAAAAUGCAAAAUUAUGCAUAUUUUAAAUAUUUUGAUGCAGCUAAAAUUGGCAAAAUUGGAUGGCUUAAAGAAGAUGUAUAAAAAAGUAGGAAAAAUGAGGUGAAAAAGCUGAAAAGAACAUAAUAAAACACUUUAUUGUUGUUUCACAUAAACUGGGCUUUUUAAAACAAGUAUGCCUUUAAAGGUAAAAGAAGAACUAAGCCAUUUAAUCUAAUUUAAAAAAGUUUUACUGGAAAGUUUUACAUUCCUUGUAAUUUACAUUAAAAUUUAUUUACAAGCUGCACAAAUUUAGUUUAAAUUCGUUUAAAGUUUGAAUAUUCACGAUUCACAUCAAUAAUUUGGAAUCUGAAUUCGGAUUAAUAAAUCCCAAUUCUAGAUAUUGCUGAUUCUCAGAGGCAAGUUGAUCGAAACAUUGUAAAUAAUUUUGUUAAUUGCCCAAUCUCAAAAUUCAUCAUGUCAGUCAGAAUAGAUUUCCACAUUUUUAACUGCCAUCCCCUUUAUUAUAAAUGGAAACGAAUUCAAAUUUUCAUAACAAUCACUGCCUUUUUGUUGCACCGGUAUAUUAUUAGCCUGCUGCUCAUUUACAAAUUAUAUCCGCCCUCCACCAAUCACGCAAAACAUUUGCAUUAAAUUUUCUUUCAACAAAAAUGAGACACAGAACAUUUAAACAAAGUCACCACCCACAUUGUUAAAAAUUGUCACUGGUUUUCUCAGGUUUUGUCAGCUGUCUGUUUUUGUGUAGCUCAGUAGUUCCCAAACUGUGCACUUGCUGUGAAACCUGGGGAGCAGCGGCAGCCUUCUUGCAGGGGCAUCUUAAAAUAUUACAAAAAUUUCAUUGGAUACAAAUUAAACAUUAAGUCUGAAUGUAAAUGGGUCAACUGCUUGAUAUUAAUAUGUUUCACACAAGAAGUAGACCAAUAAAUUGAUGACUCACGUAGUUAUCCUCACUAUGGUAAUAAUCUUUCAUAUAUUUCUUGACAUGAGAAAAUAUUAACAGGCUGAGGGCUCCCCAUCUUUUUAAAUUGAGCUUUCACCUGAAAAAAGGUAACACUUUGUUUGUUUCAAUAGUGUUUUUUUAGAUGGCAUUUAUUUUGGCAUUGACAUGUUUUCUAUAAACAUCUAUAGUGGACAAUGGUCAUUACCUGGAUCUUUUAUUGAUACACUAAAAAGUGUCAUCAUAGGAAAAUAUAACUUUUUAAAUUUUUUCUUUUUGUAUUCUUUACCAUAUGCAAACAUAAAUUUCAAAAUCUUCCAAAGUACUAAUAUUCAUAAUAUUCUGUUUACAACAUGAACUUAUCAGAAGGGUAAGAGUUACCAUUGUACAAACUAACAUUUGAAGAAUGUUGUUUUGUUUGAAUCUGUUUAAGUUUAAGUGUGGAUUUCAUGUUAUACAAGGGAUAGACCCAGAGGUGUAGCGUGGGGGGACAGAUGUCCCUGGGCGCCAGCUAGUUAGGGGCGCCAAAAUGUGCUUUGAUAUUAUUUUAUUGAAGAAAAUAACGGGUUUGAGAGUUGAAAAAAAGAAAAAGGGGCGCUAAAAAUGGAUCUUGUCCCCGGGCGCCAAACACCCUCGCUAAGCCACUGGAUAGACCUUGAGCAAUGCUAAAUGCUAGAGUGGACUAUCUAAUGAUAUCAAAAAGUUCAUAUAUUCAAUGUCAGCUUGAACUUGAACACUAAAUUUAUAUGAGGGGUGGGGAUGUCACUUCUUGAUUUAAUAAUUUAAAAUUCAAAUUUUUAUAUUUAAGGAUUGAAAUGUUUGGUGCAGUUAUUUUAUUCAUUUUUUUUUUUAAAACAUAUCUAUCUGAGCAAAUCAAAUGUUCAUCUCUUUUUGACAAGAAUUUCAUGUCCAAGCAAUUUGCCAAUAUUGUGUCAGGCGCAGAUGAUCAGAUAGAUACAAGCUAACUGUUUUUGUUUUUCACACAUUGAUAAGAGUUGACGGUGAGCUCUGCUGCUGACUGAAUGAAUUGAAUAUUUUUAUAGCGGCUUGUCGCACGAAGGCUUCUGUCAACAAUAUUUUAGCAUGCUCACAGCGCUCUAACUCUAGCUCUGCUUCUCAUUUAGUCAGUAGUUGAAUAUUUUUCUUAUAAAAAUUGAUACACCACACCAUGACUUUGCAAAGAACUUUUUUUGUAGUUUGGCAAUUUUAUUAUUUAAUUUUUCUGAUAAGUUGUCCUUUUCAUAUUUGCAUAGUCUGUGCAGGCAUAGUACACUAUACAUAUUCACAAAUUAUCGAAUUUUUAAAUAAUGUCUGUGGCUUUUUAAAUAGUAAUAAAUAUCUAAUUAAUUAACUGAGCCUGGUAAUUUGGAGACGUCAUUUGCGUAUUGUGUCCCUGUUUCUAAAAGGGUCAAAACCCUGGUUCCGAUAAUGUCAAAAGUCAAAACCGAGUGUGACCUAGGUUAGGUAUAAGUUUAGGGGUCAGGUUUAGGAAUACACUUAGGACAUAAGUUCGUGGGUUGCGGCAACCAAGAUAAUGGCCGCGGUGCUAUCUCUCCAAAUUUACCGGUAGUACAAAAAUAUUCGAUCUUACAAAUCUCAAGGAUGUCAUUUGAAGCAUUUUUUUAAAUGUUUAUAAUGAAAUACUAUUAUCUGAAUCUGGUAAAUAGGUCUACCCAAUCCCCAUGAUUGCCAAGUCUAAAAGUAGCUAAAUAGCCAGUGAUUGUAAUAUCGGGAAUUCCUAUUUCUAUGUUAGAAAUUGUUUUUUCAAAAUGGGAUUUUAUAAUAAUGAAAACCACUGUUUCUUACAGAGACUAGGGAAGAGCGGGGAGUCAUUUUGAAGCAGUUGGGACUGCGUAGCAUAUUAUGGACUAUCUGAAUAGCUCCAGCCAAAAUAACUUUAAUUGCUGACUCUCUACAGUCUACAUAUUAUAUAUAAUUUUAUAAACAAAUUGUAAAGUAAAUGUAAUGAAGGUUUUUCAUUAUUAUUUAAAUUUUACAAUGCCGAAAUCCAAGUAGCGAAAAAAAAUGUUAUAAAUUAAAAAUAUAUUAUUAUAUUUAUAUGAUAUUAUAAAUAUAAUCGAGCGUACCGGUACUUACAAAAUUACAUUCUUACGUCCGUAGGUGCCAACCAUUUAACAUAUAGUCUAUAGUGUAAUGACAUGACACAAUUUAGCCAAAUUUGUACACUAUCUAAGCCUACGUGUAUGCAUUAUAGACACAAAAAAAAAAAUUAAAUAAAAUAAAAUGUAGGCCUACACUUACACAACACUUAUAAAAUAGUUUGACCCAAACCUUUUGUCUGUUUUGUGUUCACUAUGGGCAUCCGCAAUAUUUUCAGCAUCAACUUUAGACAGGAAAAUAAGUUACACAUUUUAAUUACUCUUUGUUUACAUAAUUAUUGCUUUAAAUAACAUUUCUGGACCCCUUGCUCUCUUUUGUGCGCUCGCAAAAGCGCACAUCAUACAAGUAGGCUACCAUUGCUAUUAACCCAUCAUCAUGGAUGAUACUUUAGGAAGGUACAAAUUAAUCCAUAUUCACUUAGCCUACAGUAGGCAUUGAAAUACUUUAAUUAAAUAUAUUUGUACCAUAAAAUCCUAACAUUUAGGAGUAUUCCACAAUAUUUAACGACGGAUUUGCAAAAAAUAACAAAAUUCCUUUAAACACAUAUUUGUAACCUACCUGAAUCAGCAAUAAUUUUGUGGCUAUAUAGACCACACAAACUAUCAACAUAUUGCUUCUUUUUUUUCAAAAACACAGAGGUUUUUUUUUUCUCACAUUAUUAUUAUUUAUUUUUUUUAAAGAACAUUAUUUUAUAGUUUAUUUAUUUUGCAAGAUAUGCUAAAUCCAGCAAAAUUUAUGAGUAGACCUAUAUAGGCUACAUGACACAAUUUUCUUGAUACUAAUGCUUCCCUACUGAAAUACAUUAUUUUGUUCAAUAGUCAAUUUUUAAAUUGCCUUUUAAUCACUUACUAUUUGAGUCAAGUGAAGUGGUGAUAACGUUUAUUAUAAUAAUAUCACAAAGUAACUUUCCAUUAAUGUUUGCCUUAGAAAAAGGACCCUGUGUUGUUUUUAAAAAAAUGUUGUUUUUUUGUUUUGAUGCAGUUCUACGACGCUUACUUUAUAACAAUAUGGAUACUUUGUUUAUAAUAUAAAAUAAUAAUGAACAUGAUACGAAAUUUUCUUAAAGUAAUAUAGCAUAAACUAUUUUGAAUUGAUAUGAUGCAUAACUAUUUUUUUAACAAAAGUAAACAGAAGAAAACAAUCUAACGGAAUUUUAUUUAAAUUAAUCAAUAAAGUCCUGAAAAGAGAUUUUUUUAAAUGUAUAUAUAUAUAUAUAUAUAUAUAUAUAUAUAUAUAUAUAUAUAUUUAUUUAUUAACUGAUAAAAGAUGUCACCCAAAUAAACACACAAAAAAAAAAAAUAAAAAAAGAGAGAGACAAAUAUUACACAAUAUAUAAAGAUAAAUAUAUAUAUAUAUAUAUAUAUAUAUAUAUAUAUAUAUAUAUAUAUUUAUUUAUUAACUGAUAAAAGAUGUCACCCAAAUAAACACACAAGAAAAAAAAUUGUAAAAGGAGUGAGACGAAUAUUCCACAAUUUAUAAAGAACGUGUGUUGAUUAUGACUUAACUUUAAAAAAGCGUGAAUAGACGUGACGCUAUGUAUGGAUAACCCCCAUUAUCCUAACCCGUUUUCCCCUAGUUACGCCACUGUAUCCAUGGUCUUCUGACUUUUUUUCAGACCCAUUAAUGCAGCAGUUAUUCCUAUUUCUUCUAAUUAAAGUAAUGUGACAGCCCUCAAGUUCAUACACAUUACAUUCUGCUAAAUUGGUUACGUGUAAUCAUUUUUCAAGAACAACCUAUCGGGUGCGAUCUGUAUGCGUUUACAACAACCAAAGCAGUGGCGUAGCUAGGGGAGGGGGGUGUCCAAAUUCGAAAAUCCCCCCAGGCCGCUACUUGAGGGGGGACCCCAAAGGACUGUCCGAAUUUUUUUUUUAUAUUAAAUAAUGUCGAAUUUAAAAAUGCAGGGGCCCCCAUAGAGGCCACCCCCCCCCCGACCCCCCAAAUCCCUAGCAUGGCUACUUAACCACAGACAGACAAAAUAACCAAGUAUUAUAACUUCAACAUAUUAGAUUUCACCUUGUUUCAGUUUCGGUAUUAAAACGCUCUACUGUCACGUGACUUUGUUUCGGGCCAAUGCUGACGUGGGAUAAUGGUAGCACUUUCGUUAAUGAUUCUUUUGGAGUAGGUUAUUCAACUGCAAACUUUUGAAAGUGGUUUUUCUUACUUGCAAUGGGAUAGUAAUUAGCCGAAUGUUUUGAAUCUUAAAGAAGAUAUCAGUUGAAUCAUAAUUGUAGCUGUUGACUUGUGGUGAGAUCAUGUUUUGGUUAUAUAUUAUGUGUAAGUGUAAAUAAAUAAAUACUUAUCUGUUGUUUUUUUAUGCCAAAGAAGGCGCUUAGCUCACUCGUCCUUUUAAUUAUACCGUCUUUUCUUUUUCAAGCCUAAACAUAUUUCCCCCAUUAUUUAUUUACUUCACACAGCUUGAAAGCUGUCUCUUAUAUAUUAUCCAUUAAGACAGUGGUUCUCAACCUGUGGGUCGCGACCCCUUUGGGGGUCGCGGGUCCCUUUUCCAGGGGUUGCCUAAGACCAUCUGAAAACACAUAUCCUUACAGCUAUGAAGUAGCAACGAAAAUAAUUGUGUGGCUGGGGGUCGCCACGACACGAGAAACUGUAUUAAAGGGUCGCGGCAUUAGGAGGGCUGAGAACCACUGCAUUAAGGAAUGUGUGUGUUUGUGUGUAUAUUCCAAAAAGAACACUUAAAAUAUUAUUUUUAAAAUAAUAAAAAUUAUAAUACAAAAACACGUUGAAUUUUUUUAAUCAUUUAUUUCCUCAACACUAGGCUAAAGGUAGCUAAUUAAUUCUUUAAAUAACCACGAUGUAAAGGUUGAUAGCCGAGUUAAAUAAAUAGUUUAAUUUGAUUGCUUUUAAAUAAAUCUUUUUUUAAAUAGAAUUAAUAAAAUGAAGGAUUGGCUUUAUUUUUAAUAAUAUUUGUUUUUACUGUCAACACAGAGUCUAAAUACUGCAACUCAAAUCAUAAUUUAAAAACGUAUUGGGCUUUCAUAUUAUUUACUUUGAAAACACUUCAUGAUGUAAAUAACUUAUUAUUAAAGGACUGUAUUGGGAGAUUUUUCAGACUUAAUUAUUUAACAACAAUUGUUUUUUUGUUGUUAUUUUUUGCACUUUUUAUGUUGAAUAAUAAUUAAUUGUUUACCAUUAAAUUCAUUAAUGAAACACAAUAAGUACAACAAAAAAUACACAUAAUAGCGUCAAAAACUGUUUGUAAAAAUUGUUUUCUAAGCUUUUUUUUUUUCAAAUUAAACAAAAUUGAUGGUACUAAUAACCUUCUUUAUGCCACUUUAUGGAUUUUUUUAAAACUGGCAACCCUUAUUACCGUAUUGGAAAUUUCCACUAGAUAUUUAUAGUAACUUAAAGAAUAGCUACCAACUUUCAAUUCUCUUUGGAAAUCCCCAUGUAAUUGUUGCUAAUGCCUAACUACUGGCUACUGGUAACAACCUUAUUAUUUGGAGAUGAACUAGAUUUGUAUUUUGUGAGUUUCUCUUAAUUCUUGGAGAGCAACGCUGGUUAUAACGUAUAUUAAAUUAUAUAAAAUAAUGCCAAGAAACCGGUUAUACAUUACAUUCAUUUUAAUAUGCCGUUUAUUACUGAAUUUACUGAUAGUCAUUUCAUUUUUUUUUUGGUUCGGAUUUUACCGAAAUCUUUGUCAUUUACAAGGAGAAUUGGGGCAUUUUCGAAAAUUAAAUUUUAAGAUAUAUAAUGAAGCAACAUCGGCCUUAGGUGAACAUUCGCCUGUGCGAAGCACCUGUUCGGCGCCCCAUGCCCUGUCCCUGUAUGAGUAUGGGUCCGAUAGUAUACCAGUAUAGACCUACUCCAUGUUAAUAAGAAUAAUAAUAAUAGUAUUAGUAUGAAUGAUUCGAAACAUUAUAGGCCCUACUAAGUAUAAGUAAUAGUAAUAAUGCUAGUAACGAAUGAUUAGUUAUGAGUAUGAGGCAUUAAUUUUAAUGUCUCCAAUUGCUGUAACAUGUAGGUCAAUAAAAAUAAAUUAUGUAAAUGUAUGGUCCUCACAUUAUUUUAGACUAUUAACUAUUAUUUAGUUUUUCUAUUAUGGCACGGUACGUUAUUAUAGGCCUACUUCACUCAUAACUUAUAAGGCUUACUGAUAAUCACUACGUCUAACUUUCUAAGUACUAAGGGAAUUUAAAUAUUUAUUGUGUGCGAUGGCACAGAUUGCACACCUAACUAAAAGUAAAAGGCCGGCGUUGUAUAAUGACUUAGGCUACUUACAAUUUUAGCUGUUAUUUACAACAUGGGCUGUAACUAAAUGAAACGUUAUUCCCAAUGGACUUUAUCACGGUAGUAGCCUAAACCAUAAGCCUAAAUCAUUAUUGGCUGGGACUAAUGCUGAUUGACUGAGUGUUAUUAUCAGUCUCAGCCAUUUAGAAACAUAAUCAGAAUGCAGGACUAGACUUAAACCAUGCCAUAGAUAUUCUGAUAAUGCGUAAUUUAAAUAAGGAGAUAAUUCUCAGCUUAGAAGAUAUAUAUACAAGCAAACAUAAUAACAGUGCAAUCAUAAAAUAGUCUUUUAAAAUUAAAACAAAUAUGAUGGAUUCAAUACAGCCCAUAACUCCGCUACAUUAUUUUUUUUUGUUGCUUGCACAAGAAAAGUAAACCAUUUGUUGGCCGGGGAUAACACUGAGCAUUAUACAAAGCCCACUGUUUAGGCCUAUAACUUAUCAGACUUAUCCCUUAACAGAUUUAACAUGGCCCAUGUUCAGUGCAAUCAAAAUAUUUUUAAAAAGUAUAUUCUAUGGGCUGUUUUUUAAAAAUAAAAUGUAUUUUAUUUAUCACGUUAAAUAUUUAAAAUCUAAAUUUGGAAAGUAACAUAAGAAAUCUUUGAGAAACCCUAUACUGUAAUUAUUUGAAAGGGAAUAUACCAUUUUUUUAAUUGACAAAUUAAAUUAAUUUUGAUUUUUCUACAAUUAAUCAUAUCUAAUGAGAAAAUAAUACACAAAGUCUGAGUUUUAAAUGAUCAUCAUUUUUGCUAAUCCUAAUCACACAUUUAGUGUUUAUUCUUUUUUUUCUAUAAUAUCUUAGGCUUUCUGUUGCAAGCGUCAAUUUGUUAAGACAAUGGAAAACUUAGCAAAAAAGAUCGACUCUGCUCAAAGCAAGGACUUCCCAGCUUUAAGACAUUCUACAGUUUCUAAGAACUUCUCAGAUCGGGAUGAACAAAUUAAUGAGAGAAAACUUGUAUGCGAAAGUGACUCUUUGAAACUUGCACAUGCAAUUAGAUUGAGUCAAGGUAAGCAAAUAAAUAAAUAACAUAUUUCUGUUUGUUAAGUUAUAAAUACCUUAUGAUAUGAUUAUAUGGCUCUUAAUUUCAAUGAUGAAGUUGUUUGAAAUGUUUCUUAAGGUUCAAACAGCAAACCUAACAAUAAUGUAUUGUUAUUUUUACUCCAGGCACCUUUGAAACAGAAAUCUGUUGUGGACCUGAAUCAGAUUUACAUAAAGAGUAUGAUAACUGUAAAAAGGACCCUUCACACAAAGGAUUCAAACCAUUCAACUCUUUUAGCUUUUAUGAUAUUCCGGAGCGUUAUCGACUUCCCAUAAUUUAUGAUGUCAUCAGAGAUUUGGCACAACUGACUGUGAGGAUUAUGUGUACUUUUUCAAGUAGUGAGAGGCCAGAAAAAAUGAAAGGUGAAGCGUAUCCUUCCUAUAAGGAGUCUGAAGGCAAGCAAUGUGUUAGAUAUGGGACAGGGAGGAUAUUUAAUAUUAUAAAUUUCACUGAAAAAGAUGAUAAGCCUUGUCCAUGCUCGCUAUGUAAGGCAUCCGGCCAGUCAACAUUUGCCUGGUGCUUGGUUGAAGUCAUCACAGCCAGGCACGUUGUGUUUAAUGAUCAUGAGGCGCGUGCCACAAAAUGUAGAUGGGGGUAUGAUAGUGACGACUGUUGUGACAUAACAUUUGAAGGGCUGAGCUCAAAGGUCAGUGAUAGGAUUGAGGAUGACUGGUGUAAACUGAAGUGUGUCACACAUGUGACAGCACUAGGGAAACUGAGAACUUUUAUUGAGAGUUUCAACACGAAGUCAAGAGAACUUUACCUGCAGUGCAGGAGUAUUAAACAGAUCCACAAACUGACGGUUAUUGUUUCACACCCACACGGAUGCCCUAAGCAGAUAUCCAUUGGAUACUGGCGUCAACGCCAUCAUGUUGGGGGUGUGGAUACAAAGUACACCUACUCUUCUUCUACUUGCAAUGGAAGUAGCGGUGCUGCUGUCUACAUUUUAGGAAGAGAUGGCAAACUAGGACUGUUUCAUCAGAUCCAUUCAGGCUGCAAAACUGAGAAUGGUAAAUUAAAUAAUCACAGCUGUGGUGUUGUUGGCUAGCACACCAUUACAUAUUUUAUGUUGGUUAAUUAAAAAAUAUAUACUUUGUUAUGUAGAAUGUCUAACCUUACCUUUGCUGUGAACUCUGUAUCGCCAAUCUAGCAGACACGUUUAUGUGGGCAUGUCCUAUUUUCUUUUGAUCUUUGUUUACCACAAAAAUACCUAUCACCUGUUUCUCUGGACUCAAAUGUGAUACAAAAUGGUAGUAUAGUCUGGAAAUUCAGAGAAGAUUUGAGUCACGACUACGAUGUAUAUUCUGCCUCCGAAUCUUCUUAGAAACAGGCGAUACCCAUAUAUAAGGCCGGGGGAUUGAGAGACGGAGAUGAAGAUAGAUAAUUAUUAACUUUACGAGGCGUGUAUUAUUCUUUGUGUAUGUGUUUAUUUGCAUUGAUCAUUCAUUAUUAUUAAUUGGCACAUUGUACUAACUGUGUUAACUGUGUACUGGUACAAGAUCUACCAUACUGUAAGUUGAUGAUUUGUAAUGAUAUUUCUUUUGUUUCGUAACUAUAUUAAUACUUAAUAAAUCUUAUUAAUUGUAACUGGCAACUGUUUUGGGUGUCGUAUCUUUAAUAUUGUUGACUCUAUGGUUUCGUCCUUUGUUAGGCACUUUACGUACAACGAGCCAAUACAAUUAAAAUAGGAGAUUAAUUUCUUAUAUUAGAAGCCACUUUCUUCAAAUUUGUUCAAUUUAUUAUUGAUGCAUUUAUUUUAACAUAUUAAAAAAAAA